UAUUUAUAAUGAAAUAUCCUUCAACAUCAAAUGAAUUUAAGUACCGUUGUUCGUGUUAUUGUGUAUUUUCAAGGGAUCGUUAUCAAAAUUAUAACUGAUAUUUCUUACAAAACAUUGUGUAACCCAUAAGUUACCCGUUUGCAUGUUUUGCUAAAAGAGUCAGAACAACUAAUUCAAAUUCAGAGGAGAUAUUAGCUUUAACAGUUAGUAGUCAGUUUACUGAAAAUGAAGUGUUUGAUUUUUAUAGGAAUAGUUUGUUCCGUACUACUGUCAGCAGUAAAAUCAACCAAUACCGGUGAUAAUUUUGUAGAAACUCCUGUGGUCGAUAACCAAAAUGUUCCUUUGCUUGCAAUGUUUGACAUGACAAAUGUGAACAAGCGCAUCAAGGCGUACAUUUCCGACGCUUUCAAAAUGAAAAUGUCAGAAUUAGUUAAAAUGAAAUUACAAGAGGUUUUGCUGUCAUUAAAAAUAACUGAGAAUGUGAAACAAUAUAUUGAUAAUAUGAAGGAAAAUUUAACACUGAACAUUGAAAAGGAAAUUAAAGAAUACUUUGAUGAUGUGAAACAGAAUGUGACCGAUACAACAUCUGAAGAGAUGAAGUCUUUUCGGAACUCACUGCAGGAAGUUCAACAAAUCAUAGCAAAUCAAAGCGAUGAACUACCAUGCGGGAAAGUAUUACAAGAUUGUGGUGAUUUGAUAGGAACAGGCUGCCCAAAUGGCGUUUACAAUUUGGGUCCAAAAGGUGUAUCGCCAUUCCGGGUUUACUGCAAUAUGGAUAUUACUGGUGGAGGUUGGACAGUUAUACAGAGAAGACAAGACGGUAGUAUGGAUUUUUACCGAGGAUGGGAAGACUAUAAAAAUGGUUUUGGUGGACUUACAGGAGAAUUUUGGAUUGGUAAUGAACACAUUUACAAACUCAUGUCAAAAGGAAGUUAUCAGCUCCGAAUUACACUAGAGGACUGGGAUGGUGAUACGAGAUAUGCUACAUAUAAUACUUUCAGUUUGGGAAACGAAGGUUCUAGCUAUAGAUUGAAGAUCGGAGGAUACAGUGGCACUGCAGGUUUCAACUCUAGACUAUCGACUCUCAAUUGUCAAUUGUAA